ACAUACAAAAAUGAGAAUUUGGUGGGUUGGGCUUAUGUUAUUGCAAGUAGUGAAUUCUGAUCCACAGACAUGGAGUCUGGGUGAUGGGUGCAGCAGUAAAGUACCCAAAGAUCCAUCUAACUUUGCCACAAACCUCACUGCCACCUUCGCUCAACUCCGAGCUAAUCUCUCGGAGCCCAACCAUUUUGCCACCGCCGACACAAAAAUCUCACCGGACCCUGUUUACGCCAUGGCGCAGUGCAGGAACUACUUGUCUCCAACCGACUGCUUGGCCUGCUUCGACGCCGCUGUAAUCGCCAUCACCACCAAAUGCAAUUGCUCCAGCCUCGGUGCCCGGGUCGUCUUUGACGGCUGUUUCCUUAGGUACGAGAGCUACAACUUCUACCAAAGGACAAGCGAGCAAUGGCUAAUAUGUGAUGAUGUUUCGUCCGGCAGCCGGUUUCUUGGAAGAGAAAACUAG